CGUCGUCGUGGGGUGGCUGGAGUGACGGCGCUCAGAAGGCGGGCGAUGAACCCUCUUUGACGACUUCCAUGGAAUGGGACACCCAGGUGGUGAAAGGGUCGUCGCUGCUCGGCCCCGCGAGGCCGAAGCCCGAGGAGCCGCCCCCCGGCGCGCGGCUGCACUGGUGGCUGCAGCCCCAGCGGUGCGCGGUGUUCCAGUGCGCGCGCUGCCACGCGGUGCUCGCCGACUCGGUGCACCUCGCCUGGAACCUGACUGCCACUCUGGGCGCGGUGGUCUUCUCCAGAGUCACCAACAACGUGGUUUUGGAAGAGCCUUUUCUAGUGGGCAUUGAUGGCUUGCUCAAAGGCAGCACGUACAACCUUUUACUCUGUUGUUCCUGUGAAGUUCCUGUUGGUUUUCAUCUAUAUUCAACCCAUGCUGCCAUGGCUGCCUUAAGAGGCCACUUUUGCCUUUCCAGUGACAAAAUGGUGUGCUAUCUCUUGUCAACAAAAGCCAUAGUGCCUGUGUCCAAGAUGGAGAUUUACAACGUCCCUCUCGAAGAGAAGGUGUUGGAGCUGAAAGAGAAGAUAAUGUUAACACAUGUCCGCUUAAAUUCACUGAUGAAGAUUCCGAAGGACGUGGCUCCUGUGAAGUCCAAGACAGAAAACUGACCCAGGAUCAAGAG